UACUAUUGUAGUAAUCUUUUGAUGGUAUUCAGGGUACGAUUACAAACCGUCAGUAGGCUAAUUGUGGUGAGGCAAGAUGACCAUGUUGGUCGUAUUUCUGGUCGGCUUCUUGGGGCUGGCUAGUGCAGGCAAACAUGAUAUAUAUGCCGGCUACACAGUCCACGGCGUGGUGAUCGACAGUCUGGCAGCCCAGCACCUGCUGCAUCAACUGGAGUCCGACUUCGACCUGGACACGUUGCAGGAUGGAGCUCCUCCGGACAGGGACGCUUACAUCAUGGUCACACCUGGAAAUAAUGAAGCAUUCUUGAAAAAGCUGGAUGAGAAUGGUGUCAAGCAUUACGUUGUGGAAAGCAAUGUUCCGAGGUCUCUGGAAGAGUUCGACGCGGACAUGAUGCGCUUCCACAGAAGCAGGGCAGGCAGAGAGGCACAGCCUUUUGAAUACUACCCCCGACAUGAUGAGGUCAACGAGUACUUAGAGAAAAUCGCAGCAGAGUAUCCUGACCUGGUCUCACUUGUCACUGCGGGACCGAGUUACGACGGCAGAGAAAUCAAGUAUGUCAAGAUAUCAACAACAAACUUCGAAGACGCUUCCAAACCCAUUUACUUCAUGGACGCGAUGAUCCACGCGCGGGAGUGGGUAACCACUCCGGUGUCUUUAUACUCCAUCCACCGACUGGUGGUGGACCGACGAGAGGAGGACGAGGACCUGCUGGAAGGCACCGACUGGAUCAUCUACCCUGUCGUCAACCCUGAUGGAUACGAGUUCUCUCAUACCGAUGAACGACUCUGGCGCCGCACUCGCUCCACCAACCCGAACCCCGACACCGAGUGCCGCGGCGCCGACGGCAACCGCAACUUCGACGUCGCCUUCAACACCACCACCGGCGUCUCCUCCAACCCCUGCAGCCAGCAGUACGUCGGCGCUGGACCCUUCUCCGAAGUCGAGACCAGAUACAUCAGGGACGUACUCCACGAAUACCUUCCCAGAAUUCAGGUCUAUCUGAACAUCCAUAGUCACGGCAACUGGGUGCUGUUCGGGUUUGGGAACCGCACUCUCCCGGCGAAUGGCGUUCAGUUGCACCACGUGGGGGCCGUCAUGGGGGCCGCCAUUGAUGCUGUGAAGCUGCCCCAAGCGCCUUUCUACAGGGUCGGCAACAGCGCCAUGCUGUUGUAUCCUACUUCUGGGUCUGCGCAGGAUUAUGCUCAGCACAUCGGCGUCCCAUUCUCGUACACCCUGGAGCUGCCGGGCUACAGCUAUGCGUUCCAGGUGCCCGUGACGUACAUCGGGCAGAUCACCAGUGAGACUUGGGUCGGCAUCGCGGCGCAGGCGCGCCUCGCCAAGCUGCACUACAAUGACAGGAUCAGGACCUAACACAACAACAAAUACUUUUCACACACAGGAGAUACAAAAUUACCAACAAACGAGAAAUGAAAGGCGGCCUUAUUGCUAUGUAGCAACGUUACUGAUAGUGUGGUUUUAAGGGAAUAAUUCUGUGGAAAAAAUAAAGUUAAAUAUACUAAUUAUAUAAUCUAAUUAAUCAUUCAACGAUUGACUACUUAAUACAAUUUUGGUUAUGUACUUACUCGUGCUGAUUCCUCCAUUUCAUUUAAAUAUUUUUUUUUAUUUUACCUAGACACAUCAUUCAACAAACAAAAUAUUUUUUUUUUACUUAAGGUUCGUUUACAUUAGCCACACUCUCAUGAUGGUACGCAAAUGGAACACAUCUUCUACUCAGUAAAAGCAUGAUAUCCUAAAAUAUACAAAUGUCCUUCUUC